UUUCUUCAAUCAACAGCUUAUAUUGAAAUGCUUUACCUCCAAUAUUUUGUGCCUGUCUUGAGUAUCUUCUUGAGGGAAUGAUACUAUCCAGGUGAAUACUUUAUUCUGAUUUUAGUGUCAGAGAUAAAUACAUGAAAACGAGAAACUAUAUUUUUAUUGUUCAUUAUCUAGCUAGGUUGUUGUGCAACAGUUUGGUUAAAUCAAUAUUGUCCUUCUUUCCUUUCAUCUUUUUUCUACUCUUUUGCUAAAAUAAAACGAUAUGUUUGAACUGCACAUGUGGAUGUAUGCUGGGUCUGUUGGGAUUAUUAUUUUUUAUUAAUAUAAGUAAAACAUCCUGUCUGUAUGAGGUAGGCAGGAUUUAGACGUCAUUACUCAGCCAUAAUUCUGAAGAUGCUGGUACGACAUCUGCUGAAUGGCAAACAUGACAAUAUAUGGUAGUACAGGCAUUGCAGCCAGCUAGUUAAAUACCUGGCAUAUUGCCUUGCUUUGUUAAGCUUAAACAAUGUAUAUUUAGGGCCGACUGAUAAAACAGGACAUCCCAGGCUCAGCAAGACCCAGUUACAACUGUGGGAAAAUGAGAGGAGAUGGAAAUCGAGUAAAACUUGAUCAGUAUACACUUUAGAUGAUCAUCGCUUGCCUUUAAUUUGCAUGUACUACUAUUUAAAGGUGAAAUAAUAUGAAGAAAAGCAGCUUGGGUUGUCAAAACUUUGAAGGGAUUUAUAAAACACAAUAUUGGAAUAAACCUUGCUGCAUUUGUGCAGAAUGAUGGAUGUAAUGCAUGCAGAUUCUGGUGGAACAUGCGUGUCAACAAGGCAACAACCUCUGACUUCCUUACAGUUGAUAUUAUUGAAUGCUCUAGCAUGUGGUGUGGAAUUCAGCAUGACAGCCGGGUUCACAUAUAUACCACCAAUGCUUCUAAAGGUUGGAAUUUCAGAGAGCAAGAUGAGCUAUAUCAUAGGGAUGGGCCCAUUGCUUGCAUUUUUCGCAGUGCCUCUGAUUGGACGAUCAAGUGAUCAGUGCAGAAGUCGAUUUGGAAGGCGACGUCCAUUUAUUUUUGUGCUCAGCAUGUUUGUCAUUGUGGCUUUGAUUCUUAUUCCUCAAGGAGUCCAUCUUGGAGAGGCUAUAAUCCCUGGCUCCCCCUGGGGGAGGAGUGUAGGGGUAGCCUUGCUGGUAUUCGGGGUUAUAAUGCUGGACUUUGCUGCUGAAUCUUGCAUGAAUCCUUGUGAGGCUCUGCUUUCUGAUGCAUGCAGAUACACUGGUCAGUUUAACCGUGGCUUUACAUACUACUCUUCCAUGGUCAGCCUAGGGGGUUGUAUAGGCUACUCUAUCACUGCUGUAGACUGGAAGGGUAGUAUCUUGGGUCAGUUAUUCAAAAGUCAGGAACAGAUUGCUUUCACUAUAAUCAUCGUGAUGUUUGUUCUGUCAGUGUGUACUACCCUGUAUGUAGCUCAAGAAACACCCUUGCAGUCAGUAGAUGACAGAAGUUUGAUCAGUGCAUCGUCUGAUGAAGGAGAAGCUCUAACACAGGAGAAAAUAUCACUCAAGAAUGGAGGAAUCUUUGCCAACGGAAGUGGCCUGAUUUCAGCAUCGCAAAAGACUGCUAUAGUGGCCACUGUUGAGAAAUGCACUUCUCCUUUUAAAAACAGGUGCUUAUUAAACUGCAGGUCCUUACUGAACAUGAUAUGGCUAAAGAUAUACAGAAAAUUGCCUAGGACUGUGCAGAGAAUAAUAGACAUUCCCCCUAUUCUUCGUCCACUUUGGUUGGCCAUGAUGUGCAGCUGGACCGCCAUCAUGGGCUUCAAUCUGUUUUUCUCGGAUUUUGUUGGUCAGGCGGUAUACAGAGGAAACCCCAAUGCAGAGGAUGGUACCAUACUGCAGAUGCUUUAUGAUGAAGGGGUUCGGACUGCCAGCUGGGGACUGUUCUUGCACUGCGUCACUGCAGGAAUAUAUGGAAUAUACUUUAUCGAAAAGCUAGUAGUGGCUUAUGGAACAACCGUAACAUAUUUAUUUGGACUCCUCACUUUUUCCAUUGCAAUGGUGGCAAUGUUGCAGUUUCCAUAUGUGGUUGUUGUGAAUUUUUCAGCUUCCAUAACAGGUUUUGCAUAUGCCACAAUACACACCAUUCCAUAUAUGCUGGUGUCUAUGUAUCAUCAACAUAAAGAGAUCUAUUUUACAGACAAUCCAAGAGGCAUAGCAUCAGAUUUUGCAGUUCUAGACAGCACAUAUUAUCUCUCCCAGGUUCUGCUAUCUUCUUUCAUGGGAUAUAUAGUGGAGUGGACUGGCUCAGUGUAUUUCUAUAUUUGGAGUGCCUUGCUGUUCGGUCUCCUGGCUUGCUACACUAUACCCAAAAUAGUCAGCACCAAGCAAGAAAUGGUGGCUUUUCACAACAAUUUACUACAGGCUGAAAGAAUGAGGGGGCAUUGAUAAUAAGAAAAGCUUAAGGCAGAGAUGCAAAACGGUGAAUCUCUUUAUUUAUUACCAUAAGUCAUGUUGAAAUUACUAGAUAGCAUCAUAUUAUAUAGAGUUGGCAUAUCUGUUAUGGUUUCUUCUUUUUGUCUCCAAAGAAAUAUUAGAUCUAUUGGUGAUAUAGGUCCCCUGCUUUGUUAUUUGGAUUGUUAAAUGAAAAUUAACUGAAUUUUUUUAAAUACAAGUUAUGGCCUGUUAUGUUCAAUAUUUACUAUUAGUGGAAUUUUUUUUAAGAACCAGUAUAAAUCCAUAAUGUCACUAUUUUUUGGGCAGUUGACUUUGUAGAAAAAUGUCCAUUGUAAAUCAUAGUUGAAUCACCUCUGAUAAUUGGCCAUUUGAAUCAUUUAUUUUAGCAGUUAUGACACUUCAGCUGGUUGGUAAUUCAAGCACUGUAUUGUCAAAAGCAUUUUCAUGGAUUAUGUACCUUAAUUAAAUGCAUGUUUUUGAGGAUAUAAUACUAUGUGAAACAUUACCAUUGGAUGUGAAAUAUCUUUGACCUAUUAUAAUGGAUCCAAGGAAAUAUUCAUAAUUAGUAAACAAUGACUGCUGAUUAAUAUUAUUAUUAUUUUAAAUUGCAUUUAAAUAUUGUGGUAUUAUUUUAUAUGGAUAUUUCCUUUCAUGUUUAUAAAUCUAAUAGAAAUUCUGCAUAUCUUUCUUGCUGGAGCUGUUGAUGAUGUAAAUUCAAAUCAGAGAGCCAAAGAACUAAAAAGUACAGCAUAUCUAGAGGUUAAGGUCUUAGAGAUUUAUCAGAAAAUCUGGAUAUUUGUAAAAAAAAAAAAAAAAUAGGUGGGAAAGGGUGCAUGGCUCCUUGGAUAUUUCAGAUUUGUUUUUAAAAGUUGACUUUCAUCUUUGCACAUUAAUAUGACAAGCUUUGAUAUGUCACAGUUUAAAUGUAGAAGCCUUUAAAGGCAACAAUUGCAGGUAUUAUAUGCUUUAAAUUUUGUGUUUGGCCUUUACCUAAAUAUAUUAUGUGAAUUUAGCCUUUGGGUGCUUAAUGGAAGCAGUCAUGAACUGUGAUAAUUAAUGUAAAUUAUUUACCUGUUAGCUUGUUACUGAGGUAAACGGUUAUUUGGAGUGCAAAAGCAAACUGUUAUUUUUGAAUCCACGUGUGUUCUAUAAAUAAUGUUUAAAAAUGUGAUACUUAAUAUACUGAGAUCAUGGUAACCAAAGAAUAGUUUGAUUUUUCUUCAACAGGUGAAGAGGAUGUAUUUAUGUACCCACAUAUUAUGAAAAUUAACAGUAUUUAUUUACUUUAAUAUGGUGUUACUUAAAAGAUAUUAUUGGUGAUAUAAUAGUAGGUGCUUCAUAAAAUUGGUUGAAGAAAGUCAUUAGCACUUCUUGCACUGCCUUUUGCACAACCUUUAUACACUCUUUUUGUAGUUUUUACUGGGAGCCAGUACAUUAUCAGCAUUUACAAUUGUAGUUAUCUCAAUCUGAAUGAUACACAACUGCUCUUGCUCUUACCAUUUUAAUGCAGCAACUGGUGAGCACACAAUCUGGAUCUAGUCAGACCAAUAAAAUAUCUUAAAUAUGAAACAGGAAGGUUUAGCAGAUCUCAAUAUCUACCACAUAAUCUCAGCCAUGGGGACCAUAUCAGAGAACCAGAAUUUCUGCACAUUGGAAUAAAACAGAGAUCAACAGACCAAACUAGACAGCGAUCUCUACUGCUGAAAAGUAGAAAAUUUUAAUGCUAUGAGGAUUUUGAAUUUUUCCGAGCAUUAAAAAGCCUUACAUUGUCCCAAAAUGUUAAGUUUGAAUAUAUAAUAGCCUGUCAAGAAAUCUGUUGAUGGAUAGGGAAGGGAACUGUUGAUACAUAUUGUAGACAUGUAUAAGAGACCAAAUGUUGAUAUUGCUGCAUACUUUCAGGUAAAUGCACCUUGGUGUCCAAUUUUAUUAAAUCUCUAUAUUUUUACUUGUUAACAGAGAACACUUAAAGAUGUACUAAAUCGAUAUUUUGAAGCAGUAUUGUAUCCUUCAUAAGUGCCAUAAAUGUAUGACAAAGGACAAAUAGAACUUAAAUAUCAGUCUUCCACAUGAUAAGAAUAUAUUCUUACAUGGUACCAUCUGGAUGGUUAAACAAACAGAAAUUUAAAGUUAGAUAACAUCUUUAUAUGACAACAAAAUUAAAACCUUAAGUUUUGUGGUACUUGGUUGACAUUGACAAGAAGAUUACUGCAUUUCUAAAUGACAAUGACUGUAUGCAGGCAAGUUAUAUUUGAGAUGUUCAAAUAUUAAACCUAAACCCCUUCGUAUUAACAUAAAUGAAUUAUGUAGUUGUAUAAUCUCAAUAUGAAAUCUUUAUAGCACAAGGCUGUACUUUACCAAAGGUAUACUACAUUAUUUUUAAACCUGCAGGAAUUUAUGCAGAUAUGUAUUAACUGAUAUUUGUCUGUUAUACUUUCCAAGUAUGAUAUACUGAAUGUCAUGAGUACAGGGAUCACCCUUUGAAUCUUAUCAGGCAUUUUUGGUGCAAUAUUUAUAUCAGAAGGGAAAUGGAACGAAGAGAAUUUCUUUUGAAGAAUUGUAUAAGCUCUCAUCCAUUUUGUUUCUGAAUCAUUGAAAAUAAGUUUGAUAUUUAUGUAGUGAACAAAUUGUUAAAGCUCUACCUUUACGAAUUAUGACUGUUACUUUUAUUUACUGAUCUUUAUUUAUGGGGUUUUAGUUUUGUGAUGGAAGUUAAUGGGGAAAAUAAAGAUGCAUUACUCCUGUACCAAAGGAAUAAAUCGAAUAAAGGGUAUAUAAAACACUUAUUGUAUCUGAAUGUUAUUCUUGUCUACCUUAUU